AUGGAGACUGGACAGAGAGCCGCCCGAAAAGGCCGGAAACUGGGCUCCAGCCGCCGCCGGCAGACACGAGAACCUGCUGAUGGCCAGGAUGUCCUUGGGGCUCCAGAGCCAGGGUCCUGGUCCUCUCAGGCAGCUGCAGAACUGCAGAGCUUCUUCCAGGACUGUGGUGCCAAGGAGAGGGGCUUUGUCACCCGAGAGGACCUGGCGGCGGCCAAGUUCAGCUUCCUGGGCAGCGAGGAGGAGCCGGAGAUGAUCUUUGACUGGGUGGAUGUGGAGCGCAAGGGACACCUCUCCCUCGAAGAGUUCAGCUCUGGGCUCAAGAGCAUCUUUGGCUCCAGCCUGAGCACCCCCAGGCUCCGGGGAAAGAGGCCACUGUACUCCAAGCGAGUUUCUGCGGCCACCAGCUUCCCAGCGCUAGAGGAGGCGGAUGCGGAGGAGAAGGAAGCAUUCUUUGCCUUCAUGGAGCAGCUGGGGGAUGGCCAUGUACAUCCUGAGCAGGCAGAGAUCUGGCAGCUGUGGGGGAAGCUGAGGCAGGAGGAGCCCCAGCUGGCAGGCAACCUGGAGGGCUUCCUGGCCCAGAUGACCAGCCGCCUGCAGGAGGCACGGGCUGACAAGGAGGCUCUGGAGCUGACCCUGAGGAAGCGGGACUCCGACCACCACCAGGAGGUCCAGCAGUUGUACGAGGAGAUGGAACAGCAGAUUGGCCGGCAGAAGCAGCAGCUGCAGGCCAAGAGUGAGUCCCGGGACCUGGCCCUCAGCGCCCAGAUGCAGGAGGUCCUGGAGGCCAAGGAGCGUGAGGUGCAGCAGCUGACGGAGGGCCAGAGGGAGCUGGAGGCCCAGCUCUACCGCCUGAGCAGCACACGCCAGGAGGCCAACUCAGAGAACCGGCAGCUUCUGGAGGCUCAGCAUGACCUGGCUGGGCGGCUGGAGGAAGUGCGGGAGCAGCUGCAGGUGACCAAGGGACAACUGAACGUCGCCAGGGGCCGUGUUUCCUGGCAGAUGGAAGAGAAACUGAGUGUCCCCAGAGCAGAUGAGGAGAAGGCUCCUGACCCUCAGGUGGUCUCCCCUGAGGAGGUUCCCCUGCCUGGACUGUUUGGGGACAACGAUGACUGGGACAAGCUCCUGAGCAGCUUCAACAGCCCCCCACACAGAGCCCUGCAGCUGUCCUGGAGCCCACCCCCGACCCCGAGAUCCCCCUCAGUUCCCCAGACACCCCGAGUGGUCAGGCAGAUCUCCAUCUCAGAGUCGCACAAUUUGCUGUUUGGUCAGGAGCCAUCUUCAGAUCCUGAUGGGGCUCCAAGGAGCCCCCCUGGGGUGCCUGCCAAGGCCAAGGAAGGGGAAGGAGUGGACCCAGAUGGGCAGGACCACAGUCCAGAGCGGCCUGUUGAGCCUCGCAGCGUGCACCCUAAGGAAGAGUUGGGGCCUGGCCCUGAGACCCACUUCCUCUGGACUCUCCCGGGGGCCCCAGCUGGGGAGUCAGGGAGCCUGGUGGCAGCUGCACUCUCAGUGAUGGUUCCUUUGGAAGACAGACCCCCUCCCCAGGUGGCCUCUCCCUCUUCCCAGGGCCCAGCCGGGCCCAGCAAACAGUUCCAGGCCUCAUACCGAGGUGAUCAGGACUCCUGGAUAGGGCCUGUCCCAUCUAAGCCACCCAGGCAGAGAGAAGCCCUCCAACAGGAACCCCACGCUGCUGGCUCUGAGCCAGGACUGGGGUCCCUAAGGGCCAGAGUCCUCCCAGCAGGGCUGGCUGAGCCCUCCCAGGGUCUGGAGCGUGUGGCUCAGGCUCCCACAGAGGGAUCGGAGCAGGGCGAGCUGGGCCCAGAUGUGCAGGAGGGCCGUCCUGGGGGGCUAAGGGAAGCUCAUGGCCGGGUCCAGCCAGAUGUGCAGCCUGCCCUCCCCCAGCAGAGUCUGGAAGAGGAGCCCAGGGCUGAGGAGAGGAAACAGGUGGGCCAAGGAGGGCCAGGCCUCAGUUCAGACCAGCCACCUGAGGCUCAGGGCCUGAGAAUUGGGCCCUCAGGACUCCCCCAGCGAGGUUCCCUGACUGCUCCUCUCCCACCUGACACACCGCAGGCUCAGGCUGAGGCAGAAGCCCCUGUUCCUGGAAAACCAUCACCUCCAAGGGGCUCUCCCCUUCGGGGGGCUCAGCUUGGGGGUGGAGCAGGGCCCCAGCUGCCCACGGAAACCCUGCCCACCAUGGCUGCCCUGGAAGCCCAGCCUGGGCCUCCACCCACAACUGCUCAAGCAGAGAGAGGACAAGGCCCCCUACUAUCCGGGGAGCCAAGGGCAGAGAAUAGGCCUAAAGACCCUGGAACAGGCUCCAGGGAGGCUGGGCUGACUCCAUCCCCAGGGGACCCCAAGGACAGCAAGCCUCCAGCGGACCCUGAUUACAUCUACCAUGUCAUCUUCCUGGGAGACUCGAACGUGGGCAAAACAUCCUUCCUACACCUGCUGCACCAGAACACCUUUGCCGCCGGGCUGACAGCCACUGUGGGAGUGGAUUUUCGGGUCAAAAACCUGCUGGUGGACAACAAGCACUAUGCGCUGCAGCUCUGGGACACGGCUGGCCAGGAGAGGUACCACAGCGUGACGCGGCAGCUGCUCCGCAAGGCUGAUGGGGUGGUGCUCAUGUACGACGUCACGUCCCAGGAGAGCUUUGCCCACUUGCGCUACUGGCUGGACUGUCUCCAGGACUCAGCGCCCGACGGAGUGGUCGUGCUUCUCUUGGGAAACAAGAUGGACUGCGACGAGGAGCGACAGGUGUCCACCGAGGCUGGACAGCAACUGGCCCAGGAGCGGGGGCUCUCUUUUGCAGAAUGCAGCGCUGCUCUGGGUCACAACAUCCUGGAGCCCAUGGUCAGCCUGGCCAGGUCACUCAAGAUGCAAGAAGACCGCCUGAAGGGCUCACUGGUGGAGGUGGCCCCUGAGAGGCCCCCAAAGAAAGCUGGCUGCUGCUCCUGA